AUUUUAAGAUGCGAUUUUUCAAAUAUCAAAUAUCAAAAAUCUCUGAGCUUCAGAUUUUGCUGGUAGAGAAGAGCGGAGAGAGAGAGAGAGAGACGAAAUCAGGUCCGUGUCUGCGCAAUGGCGACCGAGAUUCCGCUCUUCGCCUCUUUCAAGUACGCCGAUAGUCUCACCGUCGUCGGAAUCUCCUUCUGCACGGCGCUGGUAUGCGAAGCAAUCUCGUGGAUCCUAAUCUACCGCACGAACUCCUACAAAUCCCUGAAAUCCUCCAUUGACAAGGCCUCCAAGAAGCUCGAAACGAUGAAGACGGAUAACCCUUCCUCGAAGCUAAACAUGAAGAAGUCGAAGACGAAGAAGAUCGAUCGCGUGGAGACGAGCCUCAAGGAAUCGAGGCGGGAUCUGUCGCUCUUCAAGUUUAAAUCCGGCGCCGUUGUGGCCCUCGUGCUCUUUGUCGUCUUCGGAUUGUUGAACUCGCUCUUCGAAGGGAAAGUCGUCGCGAAGCUUCCUUUCCACCCGAUCACGAUUGUGAGGAAGAUGUCGCACAGGGGACUGAAAGGCGAAGAUUCAACGGAUUGCUCCAUGGCUUUUCUUUAUCUGCUGUGUUCCAUCAGCAUAAGGACCAAUCUCCAGAAGUUCUUAGGCUUCUCUCCGCCGAGAGGAGCUGCUGGUGCUGGUGGGUUGUUCCCCAUGCCGGAUCCAAAGACGGAUUGAUUCAGGUCUGAUCUGAUGAUGCAUAAUUGUCGCCUUGUAUUUUGAUGAAUUCUGAGCUCUUCAAUGCUGAUUUAGUGGUUUUUUUAGCUGAAAUGUAACGAAUUUGAUUCAAAGUUCCAAGUUUUAAGUUUCCGGUUUUGAUUC